CAGCAGAGAUGAAGUCAAACUGCAGAGGAAACAUCUUCACGUUGGCCGCGUCUCGCUCACGCGCCUGAAAGCUGCUGGAACGUUCGCUCCCCUUCCGGUCCUCCUCCGGUGCUCCUCCAGUUCUCCUCCGGUGCUCCCGCGGCGCAACUUGGAGAAGAAAGUUGAGUUGUAGGCAAAGACGAGGAGAUGACGGGCACGAGCAGUGGAGACGCGCGUGCGUGUGCAGGGCAGGAAAACGCAAACGAAGCAAAAAGCAAAGAGGAUUUCGAGCUGGCGGCCGUGUACGUCUCGGACGCUCAGUACAACAGAAACAUCUUCUUCGACACGUCGCCGCAGGCCGUCAGGUUGUAUCUGCUGUACAACCACAAAGUGCCUCAAGUCCUGGUCUACUUCUUCAUCCUGCUCCACUUGUCCUUGGCGCUCUGCGAGGAGCCCGCCGUCCUGCCGCUGCCGCCCUGGGCGACCAUGUUGGUGGAGCUGCUGUGCGUGCACGUGUUGGCCCUGAGACUGGUUCACUACGCCAAGGUGAUCCCCAGGGACAAGUUCUGGAAGGAUCCUAAGAACAUCUGCAUGAUGCUCAUUUUGGCGCUGACCCUGGUAGACAUGAUGAUCUACGGUGCGCUGCACGCUGCUGGCUGCUACGGCGUGCGCUGGUCACGUGUCCUGCGUCCUCUGCUGCUGGUCAACGUGACGGAGGGUCGCCAGCUGCGGCGAGUGUUCCGCAGCAUCAGGAACGCGCUGCCUGAGAUCUUGACGGUGUUCCUGCUCUUCAUCUUCAGCAUCCUCAUCUUCUCUCUGAUGGCGCUCAAACUCUUCAGCAAGCGCGGCUUGAAGACGACGGAGGGAGCGCCGUACUUCGCCAACUACCUGGACGCCGUCUUCCAGCUCUACGUGCUGGUGACCACGGCCAACAGCCCCGACGUCAUGAUGCCGGCGUACAACGCCAGCUCGGCCUUCGCCAUCUUCUUCAUCGUCUACAUCCUGGUCAACACCUACAUCUUCAUGUCCGUCUUCCUGGCCGUGGUCUUCAACAACUACAAGAAGCACCUGAAGGAGGAAGUGCGGCAGCUGGUGCGAGCCAAGCGGCACAAGAUGGCGCGGGCCUUCGCCGUGCUGCAGGAGCGGGCGGGGGAGGGGGGCGAGCCGUCGGUGAGCCGGGCCGGCUGGGAGCGACUGAUCCGAUUGGUCCAGCCCGACAUCAGCCACGCCCACACGGAGCUGCUGUGGAGCGUUUCGGACGACAAGGACCGCGGCGCCAUCGACAAAACGGCGUUCCUCCAGCUCGCCGACCUGCUCAACAUCCAGGUGAUCACGCUCAAGUCCAGGCCACACCCACUUCGAGGCCUGUGCCCCGCCCUCUACCUGUCGGCGCCCAGCCGCCUCCUCUGCAGACUGGUCCGACACAGGGCGUUCGUGAUGGCGUACGACGUCAUCAUCCUAGUGAACGCCAUCUUCAUCGGCCUGGAUGAGGAGAGCGCCAUCAUCGCCGACGCUGAGUGGGUCUUCUUGGCGCUUUACCUGCUGGAGAUCCUGCUCAAACUCUACGAGUGCGAACCCAGGAGCUUCUUCUCAACCCACAACUUCUGGAACUGGUUCGACACCAUCAUCGUGGUGUGCGCCCUCAUCGCCACCAUCAUCAACUCCACCCUCAAGUCAUCGGGCGGCUACACCAGCCGGCAGGUCCUGGACAUGGUCUUCAUCCUGCGAGUCCUGCGACUGGUGCGCGUGGUGGACAGCAUCCCAAGGUUCCGCGCCAUCAUCAACACGCUGAUCCGCAUCGGGCCGGCCAUCCUCACCUUCGGCCAGCUCAUCCUGGUGGUGUACUACGUCUUCGCCAUGGUGGGCAUGGAGCUGUUCAAGGGCAAGGUGCGCUUCUACGGGGACUCUGGCGACGCGGCCGAGGCGUACUGUGGGAACGUCCUCCUGAGAGGAAGUGCCUUCGCCCGCCUGGACUACUGCAAGAACAACUUCAACCACGUGCUGGCCUCCUUCGUCCUGCUGCUGGAGCUCACCGUGGUCAACCAGUGGCACGUGCUCAGCAGCGGCUUCGCCAGCGUCACCCACGCGUGGGCCAGAGUCUACUUCGUCCUCUUCCACGUGGUGGUGGUCAUCGUCAUCAUCAACAUCUUCGUGGCGUUCGUGCUGGAGGCCUUCUUCGUGGAGUACUCUGUGGACAAGAGCCGCCUGCAGACGUCUGUGGAGAAGAAGAUCCAGGAGCUGCAGCUGGGCGUGACUCAGGACACGCCCCCAGACCACCUGCUCCACGCCAUGGAGACGUCUGACUGCCAGCAGGACGCCGACCAAUCGCAGAGCAGCAAACCCAAGCUGAUGUUUCAAAUCGCUUCCAAAAGGUAUCGAACAGUGGACACGUUGCUGCAGCGACUGUUCGAGGCGGACCUGGAGCAGGAAGAGGAAGAGGAGGAGCAGGAACAGGAACAGGAAGAGGAAGGAGCUCCUCAGCCCAACGGAAACUUCUCCAACCCGACCUUCAGCGCCGUGUGAAGGCUGCCCUCUUGUGGCCAAUGUUCAAAUAGUCACUUUCAUUUAUUCAUAAAGGAUUACCUCUCCCCAAUGCAGCUGAGAUAGGCUCCAGCCACCCCGAGAGGGACAAGCGGUAGAAAAUGGAUGGAUGGUUAAGAUAUAUACACACACAUAUGUAUGAAAUAUAGAUAUACAUUAUAAACAUAAUACAUAUAUUGAUAUUAUAUCUACACAUAUAUAAAUAUCAAUUAUAUAUAUAUAAAAAAUAAUACAUAUAUUUUAUGUACACACAUAUAAUUAUAAAUUAUAUACAUCAAAAAUAAAUACAUACAUGCACCAGAGGGGUGGAGCUUUACAAUGCGUCACUAAAAAGUGGGCGGGGUUUCUUCUUUCCACCACACUUCAUGUUGACAAUAAAAAUCUGCAAUGUUUA